CGUCGUUGGCCGCGGAAGGUUCGAGGCCAAGUCCCUGUCAAAGGACAAGGAGAGCCGUGUUUUCGCGGCCGCCCGGCUGUCCACCAUCUCCGGACCCAGUAUGUAGGUGCCGGGCGGCUGCCAUGAACUCUGGAGCCAUGAGGAUCCACAGCAAAGGACAUUUCCAGGGUGGGAUCCAAGUCAAAAAUGAAAAAAACAGACCGUCUUUGAAAUCUCUGAAAACUGACAACAAACCAGAAAAAUCCAAUAAUAAGCCACUUUGGGGAAAAGUAUUUUACCUUGACUUACCUUCUGUUGCAAUAUCUGAAAAACUUCAAAAAGACAUUAAGGAUCUAGGAGGGCGAGUUGAAGAAUUUCUCAGCAAAGACAUCAGUUACCUUGUUUCAAAUAAAAAGGAAGCUAAAGUUGCACAGACCUUGGGUCGAAUUUCUCCUGUACCAAGUCCAGAAUCUGCAUAUACUGCAGAAACCACUUCACCUCAUCCCAGUCAUGAUGGGAGUUCAUUCAAAUGUCCAGACUCCGUGUGCCUCAGCAGGGGAAAAUUACUAGCUGAAAAAGCCAUCAAGGAUCAUGAUUUUAUUUCUUCAAAUAGUAUAUUAUCAAAUGCGUUAACAUGGGGAGUAAAAAUUCUUCAUAUUGAUGACCUUAGAUACUAUAUUGAAAAAAAGAAAAAAGAAGUGUAUUUACUCAAGAAGUCAAGCACUUCCAUGAGAGAUGUGGGGAAACGUGUUUGUACUCAGAAAACAAAAGCAGGUAGACUUAAAAAGCCUUUUGUAAAGGUAGAAGAUGCAUGUCAACUUUAUAAACCGUUUUAUCUUCAGUUGAGCAACAUGCCCUUUAUAAAUUACUCUGUCCAGAAGCCCUGCAGUCCAUUUGACGUGGAUAAGCCCUCUGGCAUCCAAAAGCAAACUCAGGUUAAACUAAGAAUCCAAACAGAUGGUAAUAAAUGUGAUGGAACCCCACUUCAGGUCCAUUUGAAAGAGAAGAAAAAAAAAGGAUAUUGUGAAUGUUGCUUGCAGAAAUAUGAAGAUCUCGAAGCGCACCUUCUAUGUGAACAACACCGAAACUUUGCACAGAGCAACCAAUACCAAGUAGUAGAUGACGUCAUAUCUAAGUUAGUUUUUGAUUUUGUGGAAUAUGAAAGGGACACACCUGAAAAGAAAAGAAUAAAAUACAGUGUUGGAUCCCUUUCUCCUCUUACUACAAAUGUCCUUAAGAAGACCAAACCAAAAGAGCAGCUAGAAUUGCAACAUACUCCUCAAAAGUACUUCAGGGGAAAUAAUAAUAUAAAGGAAAUGGAGCAGAUUUUUCUGUGUAACGAAGUCCACAAACCUGAACAAGAGCCUGUGGCUUUUUCAGAACUACCCAUCUCUUGCCCUUCAAGUGCAUCAAGAGAACCUAAUGCAGAAACGACAAAUAAUUGUUCCAUGUUAAAUAUUGCUGAAAAUGAUAGAAAACAGAAUUUUACACAAUGGGCUUCAAAUCAACAUAAACAGAAAUGUAGUCAUGAUAUUUCUGAUCAUAAAUUAAUUAUAACUGAAAAUAACAUGGAAGAACUAAAGGUGAAUCAUUGUCCAUGCAGACUGCAGACAUCUCUACAUGUUUCCAGUUUCAGUAAGCAUAAUAAUGGUUCAUCUCAACUGAAACAAAAGUCAGAUACAGCAAAGGACUUACAGGAAAAUGACCUUAAUUCAGUAUUUGGUCACAAUUCUGGCCUGUUACCAACAAACAGUUUACAGGAGGACCUAACAGUCCAAGCAAAGACUCCAUCCCAUAAUCCUCCUGAUGAAUUUAAUGAGUGUAACCCUAAGAACAUGGAUAGUUUACCUCCUAGUAAAAUACAGCGGAAAGUGAAAUUAUUAUUAAGAAGAACUAAAAAAGAAAAUCUGGAACCAAAUGUGGAAUUAGAUAAGAAAAGAACUGAAUUUCUUAUUGCACAAGAAGAAAAGGGAAUUUCUAGCUCACCAGCACAAUCUUUACUGGACUUAUUUCAGACUAGUGAGGAGAAAUCAGAAUUCUUGGGUUUUACCAGCUACCCUGAAAACAGUGGUACAUGUGAUGCUUUAGAUAUUUGGCAAGAAGAAAACUCAAAUCUAUUGUCAAUGUAUUUUUCUUCCCCUUCAAAUUCUGCAUUUGCUGGCAUUUAGUCUUCACAAAAUGUUUACUUUUGAGAAGUGGUAAGGAUCAUAUUAUUGAAGUUUUUAUAAAUCUGUGUACGAAUUCUGAGGAUGUUCUUGCCAACUUUGUUUACAGAACCAUAUGUAAAUAAUAAAGGUACUAUUAGCAUUUUUCUA